AUGGUUAUACUAAGAUCCGGAAGAACGUACACUACAACAGCUGGUGAACUCCUUGUGAGCACUGAGCAGAAGACUGAUGGCUCGGUAGAGAUCCCUCUGACUUCAGAGCAACCGAUUUCGAAGAGCAAAAGAGCUCACAGCGUAGAACCUAAAGGUAUCGGCAUUGUUGAAGAGAAUGAGAAUUGCAAAAGGGUCAAGGUGGAUGUGGCUGAGUCGGAAGAGAGCUCGCAACAAGUAGAUAGACCUUCACCUCAUGAGAACUUAGCCGGGGAAGAGGAGAAUUUGGCGCAGGUUCUUGCCAGAUGUGCUCAAGAAGAUGCAAAACCUGAAGAAGUGGUUGUCCCUAUUGUGGAAGCGCAAGAAAGUUUGCCAGCUUUUCAGAUAGGGUUGCCGCUCCCGGUUAGGGCAAGAGAAAGUGGAGAGAGGGAAGGUGGAGGACUCAUUGUUGGUCAGAAUAUAGCUGUUGACCGAUUUUACAUCAAUGAUAGGUGCGAACACCAUUUUCUCACUCACGCUCAUGUCCUUAUCAAUAGGAGAUUCAUUAGUUGGGGCGAGAAACCGAUUUAUUGCUCCCAGCUGACUGCACGACUUCUGCCAUUAGUGCUACAAGGAAAGGCUUUGUGUAAAAUAAUACGUCCCUUAGAAGUUGGGAAAAUUCAUAGCAUUGAUGCUACGUUACAAGUGACUCUGCUGGAUGCAAAUCAUUGCCCUGGAUCAGUAAUGUUUCUAUUUGAAGGCUCUUCCGUGCCUGGCGGAAGUGCUCUGGUGACGGGACAUUUUAGAGCGGACAGCCAGUUUAUGGCGCUUUUUGACAGUGAUCCAGCAUUCGUGCGAUUGAGUCAGACAUUCCUCUCUACGGUAUACGUCGACGCUACUUGCUUUGAUGAAACGCUUGGAUUGCUACCCGAGAGAAAAGAAUCGGAGAAGAAAUUAGUUGGCGAGAUUAAUAAGAACCAGGUGCGUACCAUCAUAAUUCCCAUACCGAAAGUCGGCAUGGAAGAUACAUUGGCUUAUCUAAGUCAGGAACUUUCGGAACCUAUAUUGGUGAGCUCCCAGACGUUAUCGGUGUCAAAGUUGUGCGGAGUAAAAGGUGGUAAACUUGUUGCGAAUGGUAAUGAUGCAAAUUUCCGUAUCCGUACCUUGUCCGUCACCAAUAUGUGGUCCAGGUGA